AUUUUAUCACAGGCUCUGGAGGAUAUCAAGACGGAGCAACUACAAAAGUAAGGUUAAUUUCAGAUCCUUCAAGGAAUAAUUAAUUACUGUCACCUCAUUUUUGCUGUCAGUGUCAGAUUGGUGUGAUUGGGAGCAUGUCUUUACAGCAAUGAAUCUGUAGAACUAAAGACACCUUACAGGCUUUUCCCUCUCUCUCCUCUUGCUCGUACUGCGUAAGUGCUUACAUGCAAUAAUGUUCAUUUAAUGUAGUUUCAGUGGGAGUAACAGCUGAUUCCUUGAAUCAUGUUUUGAUGUACAUAACUAUAACUGCAAGGCUGUGUGGCUGUGUUCUUGGGCAGCAGUGUUUCAAUAACAACUCAGAUUGGAUGAGGUUUAUGUGAUAUCUGGAAUACCUUGAUUAUUCUGGACGUCACAAAAUUUGAACCUUAUCGUCAUUGUUUUACACAAUGUUUUACACAGGUGUUUUACACAAAUAACAAGAAACACACUGUCGCAGAACACAGUAUUAAAUUGCUCUUGGAAAUCAUGCAUUGCAUUUGCAACCUACAGAUUUAAGUAAGCAAGCAGUUAACUAGCUAAUCUUCACUUCAGGCUGAUUUUCAAAAUUACCUUUAGGCUCUUAUCUAAUGAGAAGACAGAUAACACAAUAUAAUAGAGUAUUAUUAGUGUCUUCUUCUAAAUAACUGUCCUUAUUUUACAGACAAAGGGAAUCAACAAACCCUGAAUCUAUACAGACAGAUCCACUGCAAAUUUUUCUUGAAGCAGUGGAAAACUGUAAGCCUAUCGUUGGGGUCAGAGGAAUGAAUAGAGGAGGCAAGGUCUAUCAGGUAAUAUAGCACAGUCUGGGUUUUACUAAAAAAAAGAAAAGAAAAGAAAAGAAAAGGAAAAAAGCACUUUAUUUUAGUGUUAAGGUAGUUGGCACGAAAAUACUAAUUGGGACACUAUUUUUACGUCUCCAACUGAAGACCGGGCCGCCAUUUUACGUGGUCAUCCGAGCCACGCGAAGGUCUUGCUGCUUGAAGUGCAAAGGUAGUACCUUCAUUUCUCAGUUAUUUUAAGACCCUGAGUGAUGGUCCGGCCCCGGGAAUCGAACCCACGACCUCCCGCUCUGCAGUCAACCACUUUACCGACUGAGCUAAUCCUUCCGCGGUUAGGGAAGUAACUGUACAUGUGUACUUGGAAUUAACAUGUAAUUAACAUGUAAGUAUGUGACUGUCUGGCACUUAGCUGAUGGCAUUUCAUUUAUUUAGAUCUUUCCACCGUGUUUUCCAACUACAAGAACCACUUAGGGAAAAUCCGUCGACACCGCCACUGGAAAAAGCGCCUUUUAAUGUGUAAAAUUACCAAGUUUUAAAGUGAUUUUGUUAAAAACUAACUCGCACAGUCUAUAUAGUCACGAAAUUUUACAGAGUACAAACUUUUUUUUCUCCCGCCACACAAACGUCUGUGAAUUUUCGCAACUUGCGGAGCUACAUGUAUAUCUUCGCUCCAUUGAGUUGAAUCACUUUCAAACUUAGCAGGUUUACUAAUUUUAUGGCACUCUUUCCAGCAGUGUGGACGGAUUUUACUAAUUGAGCCUGAUCAACUUGAGAAAAUCCAUGGAGGGGUCUAUUGAAAAUUGAUAAACAAAAAAAAAAAAAAAAAAAAAAAAAAACUAGCCAAUAAAAGUUCAAAAAUUUACUGCUGUACAUUUUCUUGCUUUCUUUAUUUCCGAACACUGUAAUGGAGGUCGUGCAAGUUAUUCUGACUUUUCGCUCUGUGAAUAAAGUGUUGAUGUCUAAUUGAGUCUUUGAAAAUGCCUUUUCUGUUCAGGAAAGUAGCGGAAGUACGUCUGUUUGUCUUCUUUUAGUUAAAGGACCGAGAUUCAAAAUCUUACCCUUUCCAGAUUUGGGGAGCAAUCAUUUUAACAAUUUAAUUUAAUUUUGGCAUUUUUGGACAAAUUUAGCUGGUUAGCACAGUCUUACAGUACUCGGAAAGUAACAGUCACAAAAUUAGGAGUCGCUCCAUCCUGCUAAUCUCUAAAACGGAUGGUGGCAAUUCCAUUUGAGUCAAACUAUCUCUUGGAGGCCUGUAGUCAGUAAAGUUUCGCAUUGCGUCUUGUCUAACUUUCAGGUGCCUAUUCCUCUUCCUCCUCAACGCCGCCGUUUUCUAGCAAUCAAAUGGCUGAUAACCGCUGUUCGGGAACAGCAGAAAACAAAUAAGAACGCAAGAAUGUACAAGAAACUGGCUAAAGAGCUUCUCAAUGCUUACAACAAUGAGGUAACGAAUGAUUCCGAUACACCAUGCACUUGCCACUUCAAUAUUACGUUACUGAUUUUGGACAGAAUUUUGUGUUUAAUUGACCAAAAUGGAUAGAAGCGAGCAUCUCAUUCGCGGUUGAGGAAAAGAACAGCUGCCUUCAAAGUAAAGUCGAACCCCGUUAAUACGGACAAUAAAGGGGCCAUAGAAAGUGUCCGUAAUAAUGAGGUGUCCGUAUUAAGCGGGCGGCCUAAAAGCGGGCUUCGACUGUACCAUCGACCGCCUGGUCGUCCAAAGUGAUAACAGCAUGGGUCAAGUAUUCAAGGCAGCGUUAAAUAGCCACCAAAAAAACGUGGGCAUAGGGUUAUGGCGCAUUCAAAGAUGGUGGCUCUGUCCAUUCAAGCCGAGAUAUUUUUGAUGCCACCCAUUUCAUUUUUGUUCACAAGUCGACCUUCUGUCCACUCGAAACCAAUGCUUACCGAAACUGCAUCAUUUUUAAACCACUUUUCAGAGUGUUUUACCCUCUCCACACGAAUCUGGGUAAGCAAUAAUGUGGUUUUGAUAAUGUCCCGUUUCGUGUGGACGGGGAAUUUGAAGCCAAAGUUCGUUUAAACAGCGAAUUUAUAUCUAGAUGAUUUAUCCGUCUCAAGUAUAAUUUCGGCCUAUGGGGAGCUUCAGCACCGACGACGGCGAAAGCAAUGGCAACGAUAACCAAAACAACUUUGCAAGUGCGUCACGCCUGUUUGUACAUUUCCUUGCCGUUACUGUACGACUACGACGAAAAACUUCCUAAAUUUCACGUUUUGUGCAGGACUUGAACACAAGACCACGACUUUCUAAUUCUUUUCCUGAACCUCGAUAGUCCUUCAGAAUUCAGCUCCGGAAAAAAAUUGCCAACAUUUGAUGAAUUGAACGAGAUGGAAUAAACCAGAUAAAGUUUGAAACAGCGCAAAUUCACGUUUAAGCGACGUUUUGGUAUCCGUGGCCGUCGUUGUUGCUUAAGCUGCCUACUUCAUAUAUCUUAUCCAAGUCGGGUUUAAGUUUUUGAGGGGUUUCAUGCGUGGCAAGUAUGUGACUCAACUCGAAAAUUCAUCGUUUUACACGCGGUACUUUUGUUAUAUCAAUAGGGUACCGUGAUAAAAAAGAAACGCGAACUACAUAGGCGAGCAGAAGACAACAGAGCGUAUGCACACUAUCGAUGGUGGUAG